AGAUUUCCAACAGCAUCGGGUGACGCAUUCAAAGGCAACAGAUGAAAUGCGAGUAAAAGAGUUUCUUUUGGAUUUCUCGCCUCGAUGUUAACGAAGCUAUGCGUCGCUCGUGCCGCGAGCUUCCGAGCACCGGGGGGAGACCCGGACCCGGAUGAUGCCGGGGCCGGCCUACGCGCGCCCGAGCCUAAAGCGCCUCAAACGAGGGUCGUUAUCACCGGGAGGUGGCCGAUGCCGUUGCCGAGCGGGCGCACGUGUGCGGUCUAUCCAUUCAUCGAUUGUAUUCGCCGGGCUGCGUCGGUCCGCCCGAGACCGGGGCAUCGGCACUAAUCGAACGAACAUCGAACCCGUUUUGAGGAAGAAGAAAAAGAAGAAGAAGGAAAAAAGCAAUUAUUAAACACCGAACGAUCGCAGAAUGAGGUCCCGCGGUCAAGCCGGCCUCGAGCGUACUGACCCCAUUAGGCUCGAAGACGGGGGGUGGGGUUUCCCGAUCUGCCCUGUCAUUGGUUAAUAUGAUGUCCCUGUUGACAUGUUUUCUUACUACUAAUGCUCCCGACACCUCCUCGUCUCGACUCUUCUCCUCGUCUGACCGGAGCUGCGAGUGCCACGCCUCGAGAGGCCCACAAUUGGUCCGAAACGCGUCCGACCGGCAAUCGGAGGGGCUCACGGGCGCAGUCUCUCCUGUCGCCGUGGGAUGAGCGAGGCGAACGGACGCGCGACCGGGAUCUGGCGACGCCAAAGGACUCCGACUGAACUGCCCGAUCGGCCCAAGUAAGUCCCACAUGCCGGACUCGACUCGCCCGUCGUCCCGUUUCGAAUGAUUUGGACGCGCCCGCCGAUGAGAGAGGCCGCUUUCCCGGGGGUUGCCAUGGCUUAUCACCCGUUCCACGCGCACCGGCCCAGCGACUUCCCGGUGUCCGCCUUCCUGGCGGCCGCUCAGCCCUCCUUCUUCCCGGCGCUCAGCCUGCCCCCCGAGUCCGUCUCGGAACGCAAUUUGGCCGGGGCGGAACCCGGACUCCACCCGGCCGCUCGGCUGCGCGCCGUGAAAAGCCUGGAGCCCGAAGAGGAGGCGGACGACGACCCCAAAGUUACCCUGGAAGCCAAGGACCUUUGGGACCAGUUCCAUAAACUCGGCACGGAAAUGGUUAUUACUAAAUCGGGAAGGAGGAUGUUCCCCCCGUUCAAAGUGCGGAUAAACGGGCUGGAUAGGAAAGCCAAGUACAUUUUGCUGAUGGACAUCGUGGCGGCGGACGACUGCCGCUACAAGUUCCACAACUCCCGCUGGACGGUCGCGGGCAAGGCCGACCCGGAGAUGCCCAAGCGGAUGUACAUCCAUCCGGACAGUCCGGCCACCGGCGAGCAGUGGAUGGCCAAGCCCGUCGCCUUCCACAAACUCAAGCUCACCAACAACAUAUCGGACAAGCACGGAUUUACCAUCCUGAACUCAAUGCACAAGUACCAGCCCAGGUUCCACAUCGUGCGGGCCAACGACAUACUGAAGCUCCCUUACAGCACCUUUCGGACCUACGUCUUCCCGGAAACCGACUUCGUGGCUGUGACGGCGUACCAGAACGACAAGAUAACACAACUUAAGAUUGACAACAAUCCAUUUGCCAAAGGAUUUAGAGAUACUGGGAACGGAAGAAGGGAGAAAAGGAAACAACUCACUAUGCCAUCGCUCCGAAUGUACGACGACCAGGGCAGGGAUGGCGCCGACUCGGACGCUUCCAGCGAAACUGCGACUGCUCGAGACGCCGUUCGGUCCCCGUUGGGAGCGAGUUCGAGUCCGCCGCGCUUCAACAGGGCGAGCCAAGAUGAGAAAACAUGCACUGACAGCGAGCAGGAGCUUGAAAAUGUGGGCGAGCGCUGCACAAGCUCCAACAGCCCGGACACCGAACCCGUGUCCCCUUACGGCGCUCAGUGCGAGGGGCGGAUCGGCGAGAGGCCCCAUACGGACAAGAAAGAGGACGCCGCGUUCAGCGCAAAGAGCCUCGCAAAACACAAAGCGGAGAGCAGGCAUCGGAAGGACACCGCAGACGUGUUGAUUAAGGACCCCGAGGCUGGGAGCGUCGGUGCUGCGAAGGACACCUUCUCCCCACUCAUGGUCCAGACCGAAAGCCCUUCACACUUCAACCCAGGUCAUUUACAAAGCUUGGCACUGUCUGGCCUGCACGGCCAACAGUUCUUCAACCCUCUAAACACCGGAUCACCGCUUUUGUUUCACCCCGGGCAGUUUGCCAUGACCCCUGGAGCCCUUUCUGCUAUGGGAAUGGGCCAUUUAUUGGCUUCUGUAUCUGGAGCAAGUGCUUUGGAAAAUGGCAGCCUCUCGACUCAAGGCACAGGAGGAACCCCCAAUGCCUUCCCCUUCCAUUUGUCUCAGCAUAUGCUUGCUUCUCAGGGCAUCCCCAUGCCUCAGUUUGGGGGUCUCUUUCCCUAUCCCUACACCUACAUGGCAGCAGCUGCAGCUGCAGCCUCGGCCCUGCCAGCAACCAGCACCUCUAGCCCACUCUCCAGAAACCCUUUUCUUGCCACAUCUCGACCACGGCUGCGCUUCAACCCCUACCAGCUCCCCGUGUCUUUGUCCGCAACUUCUAGCCUGCUCGCAACCAACCUGCAAUGUAGCCUCAACCCAGGCUCCGAAUCAUCCAAACCGUGCAGUAGGGAGACCAGCCCAGCCCUAGAACACCACAGCCACAACAAGAAUGGGGGAUCUUGUGGGAGGGGCACAUCCCCCAAAACGAAAGACUCUCCGAAUGAACUACAGAAUAUUCAGAGACUGGUGAGUGGCCUGGAGGGACAGACGGAGCCAUCCCCAGAUGAAUAUUCUCCCAAGUGAUGCGCGACUCCGUUUGGGAUUUCUUGGCUUCCAGACUGAGGACUAUUGUGGUUUUUGUUUUCUUUUUUCUUUCUUUUUGCAGCACACCACAAAAGCUAGGGUGAAGAUGGUUCGAUAAAUUCAAGUCUGUUAAGACUGAUAAUUGUUUUCAGAACAAUGCGACAUAUAUUCACAAGAGGCCAAACCAUUAACCUCCGAUCUCGAAAUGUUUUGGCUAAUACCAAACCCAUAUACAACCAAUUUACAUGCCCAAACUGAAUCUUCCUGACAGGCAGCUCCACAUACUUGAACAUCACAUGGAAUUUUGGAUAAGUGGCCUAAUAGUUAAUAAUAAUAAUCAUUAAAAAAUAAAAAAAUAAAAAAAAAAUCAACAAAACAAACAAAGAAAUCAUGAAAAAAAAUAAUAAAUACCCUUAACUGUAUGCAGUUCGUGGCCGCAGUCAUUUAAUUGCAAUUUGUAUUCAAGAGAAGUUGGUUUCUGAUCUAUUUAUGUAAUGUAAAACGAAAUCAAUACAAAUCUGUAAAUAACUAAGUUCGAAUAAUAUGCACUUGGUAUUAAUUUAUUUAAGUCUGUAUACUAGUGUGUAUAUAUUUGGAAUAUAACACUUUGCUAUCUAACCCCACCCCAUUAUAUGAAGCCUGUUCAGGAAUUGAAAAAUGUGUUUUGAGACUCGCUGAUUAUGGAACAUAAUGUGUGCCAUAUUUGGUCUACAGUAUAUGAAGCGAUAUGUUAGAGCAGAGGAGAGGAAGCUCCACGUGAUUUCAAACACCUCAGGUUACUUCACUCCAGUCAGGCGACAAUCCAAAAAAAGUGCGUCGUUCCUAUCUAUUGAUGGAUAUAUUCAAGCAGUAAAUGUGCUUACUCAUCUUGGUUGUCGAGUUUUUUUUUUCUGAUUGUCUCACAAUUUUCAAUAAAAAUGUUGUGUUGAAAA